UCUUGCUCACUUCCCCUCCACAGAUCAAAUAAUGCGAAUUAUCCCAAGACGAUAAUAUGAAUUAUCCAAGCCCCCUCUCUCUCCCCCAUAACCAAACGUUUCUCUCUUAAUUCACCCCCAAAAGAAGCAAAAUCAGAUAAAGAAGAACAUGAUAAUGAACCUAUUAUCCUCUCCAUCUUCUUCUUCUUUCUCUCUCAUCAGAUUAAUUAAUUCAAAGUCACCCAUCUCAGAAUUCCCUCUAAAACCCAAAUCUUUAUCUUCUUCAAUUCAUUGCCCAUUUUCUUCACAUCCCAAUUUUCAUUCAACGAAUCAAUUUUUCUAUGACAAGAUUAGAUACCCAGAUGGAAAGAGAAAAAAUUUCAGGACUUGGGCUUUGUCUGGAUUUGAUAUUGGUGGCUUUGAGAGUGCUCAAUCAGUUCUAGAGGCAGCUGCGGUGUUGACAGCUAUCAUUGUUGUUCAUGAGAGUGGUCACUUUCUGGCAGCUUAUCUUCAGGGCAUUCAUGUGAGUAAAUUUGCAGUUGGGUUUGGUCCAAUUUUAGCUAAAUUUAAUUCAAACAAUGUGGAGUACUCAGUUAGAGCAUUUCCUCUUGGUGGCUUUGUUGGUUUUCCUGAUAAUGAUCCUGAUAGCGAUAUUCCAGUAGACGACGAAAAUUUACUGAAAAAUAGACCAGUUUUUGAUAGAAUACUUGUUGUUUCAGCUGGUGUAAUUGCCAAUAUAGUGUUUGCAUAUGUUAUAAUCUUCGUACAAGUCUUGUCUGUUGGAUUGCCUGUCCAAGAGGCCUUCCCUGGGGUGCUUGUUCCUGAGGUUCGGCCCUUUUCGGCUGCAUCAAGAGAUGGGAUGCUCCCUGGUGAUGUAAUUCUAGGCGUUAAUGGAAUUGAUUUGCUAAAAACAGGCCCUAAUCUGGUUUCUGAGGUUGUUGAUGUCAUUAAGAAAAAUCCCAAAAGAAAUGUGUUGCUUAAGGUUGGGAGGGGACAGCAGGAUUUGGAAAUUAGUGUCACCCCUGAUGAGAAUUUGGAUGGUACAGGUCGAAUAGGAGUUCAAUUAUCACCAAAUGUGAAAAUUUCGAAGGUUAGACCAACAAAUCUUAUAGAAGCUUUCAAGUACUCGGGGAGAGAAUUUUGGGGUCUUUCAUCUAAUGUUUUGGACAGCUUGAAGCAGACUUUCCUUAAUUUCUCACAAUCCGCCAGCAAGGUUUCAGGUCCUGUUGCCAUCAUAGCUGUUGGUGCUGAGGUCGCAAAGUCGAAUAUUGAUGGACUUUACCAAUUUGCAGCUAUUCUGAAUAUUAACCUUGCUGUAAUAAAUCUUCUACCUUUGCCUGCUUUAGAUGGAGGUACUUUGGCCUUGAUCCUUAUAGAGGCAGCCAGAGGUGGAAGAAAGCUUCCUUUGGAAUUAGAGCAGGGUAUUAUGUCAUCAGGAAUCAUGUUUGUUAUAAUUCUUGGCUUAUUCCUUAUCAUCAGGGAUACACUAAACCUUGAUUUCAUCAAAGAUCUGUUGUGAGUACUUAGCAAAGUCUCUGCAAUUUGAAUUUGGUUUGGGUUGGGAAAACUUCCCAAGAUAUUGGUAUCAAAUUAGACAUGGUGCAUGGUCGCCUGGGAUUUUUCAUGCUGCAUCCUUGUGGUGGCUUGAGCUGAUAUGCUGCUUUUUCUGGGACAUUCUAGUGGCAGGUGGCGUAGAGUGCCUCCUGGUUCUUAAUCCCUUUUGUUCAGCGUGAAUCUUCCUUCUUGUCCUAUGAAUAUAAGUUUUUUUGAUAUUGGAAGCAUGGGCAUGGGUUGUGGACACUUUAAUGAGAGUUCCAACCUACUAAACUUUAUGUGCAUGAGAGUAGAAAUGCAUUCCUUUCUCAUCCUUGCUUAUUGAGCACACUGGAGUGCCACCAAAUGGAAUCAUGUCUUCCAAUGAUAACUUAUCUGUUGUAGAUCGAGUAAAACUCAAAUAUCAGUGAGAGAACUGCUGCUAUUACUUAAAGAUGUCAAAAUAAAGUUUCCAAUUGUUUACUGUUUAUGCACAAUGCUGGAAUAUUUUUUGUUCAAAUUUUUCUGUGGUGCCAUUAUGCAGUACUAAUCUAUAGUGUAUGUCAUGUACCGCUGAAUUUGUGUAGCUAUUAAGGAAC